AUGGACGGCAUCAAGAUCAAGUGCUCCGACUGCCAUGCGGAAGUCGAGCUGAUUGCCCUGGGAGAGCAUUUUUGCUCAAAGCCGCCUCCGGCUUCGCCCGUGAGCACGCCGGUCGAACAGCAAUCGCCUAUAUCAGAGUGGAACGAACACGGCCCGCCGCCGAAACGAAGCCUCAGUCGUGAAUCGCUGUUCAACAGAUUAGGCCGUGUAGCUCCUCCUCCAAAGAUAGACCCAACUGCUGCUAAUCGCCCAUUUCUGUCGCAUGGCGCGCAAUUGUCACCUCACACUGGAGGGUUCGGGGCGAUCAGUCCGCUCUCUGCCUCACCUCUUUCACCAUUCCAGCAACCACAGCGGAGUCAGACCACUCCCAUUCCACCGCCAUCACCGAGUCCAGUUUCUGGCGGAAAGCUGAAUCUAGACUGUGCUUUCCCCCCCUUCCCGCGACCAGCUUCGGCCGGGGGGUCGAAGGCCAAAAAGCUCACCACAGCCAUCAAUACCAAUGUCUCCUCCCAUAGGGGUAUCGCUUCUCCCUCCCCUUCUGAAGGUAGUUACAUGUCUCCAUCUACAGACGGUCGACGUUCGCGUGCAAACACCGCGAACAGACACAGACGAGAGGCCUCUAUAGACAGCAAAACCUUUCAGCGCAUGUCCAUGGCUAGCUCUCGAAACGGUCAUGGCCUUCCAUCUCCCAUCUCACCAGGCGGGACCUCACGCGGCCUGUUUGUGGACGAGGAUAUCCCUCCGCUCCCGUCGGGGCCUAUCACCGGGCUUGCCGCGAGCCCCGUGUUUACAUCCGGAAAUUCAGAGCCGUUUAAUUUCGGCAGUAAUAAUGAUAAUGAUAAUCAGGAAGAGCACGAUUUUGGAGGAGAGAUCUCUCCCAAGGAUAAAGUACGACAGCUAGACGGUAUGGAAGGGCUGGACUUUGGAUUCACCUCAAGGGCAAAGUCUCCUGAUCAUAUGGACGUGGAUAACAAAUCCGAAAACAUGGAGAUGGACUACUCUGAGAAAGACCCGGAGAGCCCUGGCCCAUCUGUGCCCGAAUACAGAGUCGACAGAGAAUUUUCCGUCUCCAACUUUGCCAGCGGCCUUGGUCUAGGCGAUCCAUACCAUACCACAAACGACUCAACCUCGUCGUCCAACUCAUCUCCUUCCGAGGCGCCAUCAAACAGCUCCUUCUCAAGCAGGCCGUCAGAGUCAUCAAUUGUCUCAGAGCCCAAGUCUGCUGAAUCAGAUAAACAUAAUGACGACCAUCUACAUCUCCUCGAGGAGCCGCCAGUUCGUCCCAACGCAGACCCCUAUUCCUACGGCCUCGACUCCCCAACAGACCCUCUAUUCCAACAAGGUCGACUCUCGGACCCGCCAGCCAGUAGGCGGCCAUCUAGGACAGAUUCAGAAUAUCCUCCAGCCCCAAUGCUCGAAACACCGCCCAAGCAGUAUAUCCCAUUCCGAAGCUCUUCGUCUCCUUGUCCGUCUCCCAACCUCCAGUCUCCCUCUUUUGAACAGCAGCAACAGCAGCAGCCGCAGCAACAACAACAACAACAACAAAAACCACAAGAAAAAGAAGAACAGCAGCCGCAGCAGGAACCGCAGCAACGGGAACUGCCGCAGACACUACCACCUCUACCACAAGAAGAACCACAAAUACAGUCGCUCCCACCCUCUCGAUCUACCACGCCUGGGAAACGUCGCCAUCCCUGCCGCGGAUGCGGCGACAUCAUCACUGGGAAAUCGGUAUCUUCUGCCGACGGCCGCUUGACAGGUCGCUACCACAAGGCUUGCUUCGUCUGCCACACCUGCCGUGCCCCCUUUCAGACAGCAGACUUCUACGUCCUUGACAACCACCCAUAUUGCGCAGCAGAUUACCAUAGAUUAAACGGCACUCUCUGCGCCGAAUGCGGCCAAGGUAUCGAAGGCCCUUGUCUCGAAGCAGAGGACGUUGUCGACUCUCCCUCUCACGCUAACGGCGAGCAACCUGAUAACUCCACCAAGAAGAAGCAGAAAUUCCAUCCAGGCUGCUUCAAAUGCCGCACGUGUCAUAUAGUACUAAGGGGUGACUACUUCGAGUGGAAUGGAAGCGCAUAUUGUGAGCGCGAUGGCCGACGAGCAGCGGGUAUGAUGCCUCCUCCACGCUCGCCAGGAGGCUACCCCCCACCGCACAACUACCAUGGCAACCAACCUCCAUCACCGCUAUCGAUGCAUCCCGUUGGCCCUCAUGGCCAACCAGGCCCAGGCCCAGGUUCAGGAUACAGGAGACCACCAUACGCUUCCUCCCCGCUUGCUGGUCCGCCACAUAACGGUCGUGGUGACCCGCGCCAUCGGCCCAUGAACCCGUCAUCUCUUAGACCAAGGCCUGAUCAACACAGACCACACCCAUCGCAGAAUAAAUUUGCGAAUACAUCGUCACUAGCGCCUGGGCCUCCUAAUGGCGGACCCAGGAAUGGCCCGGGAUAUCCUCCUGGCAGGAAGUUCCCAGAACGACGAACGACUAAGUUGAUGAUGGUAUGA